AUGGCGGGUGCGGCACCAGACACGCCAAUUAGAUCAUUGCCUUCAUGGGCUCACCAAGAAGCUAGCCAGAUACCCGAGGAGGCCAUUUCUGCUCUGGAGACGUAUAAGAAGAAGGAUCCAGCCAAAGUUGUCGUACGCUUCAAAGCUGUUGGAAAUGCGCCAAUUAUGAAGCAGAACUUCUACAAGAUCACCGCAUCGAACAGGUUUCAGGCUGUGAUUCAGUUCUUGCGAAAGGAAUUGGGUUGGAAGACAGGAGACCCACUGUUCACGUACAUCAACCUGGCAUUCUCGCCUGCCCCUGAUGACACAGUGUCGAAUCUAUUCAAGGACUGUCAAACACCUUGGUUCGUUCGGGCAUGGAAAGUCAAGCAGAUUGCGCAAAAGGAUAAUAAUUCUGUAUAUAUCCUGCCGGAGCGUUCGCCACUGUCACCCUCGGCCGAUUGCGAUCCCCUCUGGACUGGUCUUGCCGCACAAGUGGACCAAAGUGGACCUCUCUCUUUCUUACCGCCACCAUCUCUGCCGCCGUACUGCCCCAAUUCGCUCGCGAAAUCGAUACUGCCCCCCCUCGUUCCUCAUCGCGAGGAGCCUGUCCGUGCCCCCGUUCAAAUCUCGAAUAUGACUUUUGCGACACUCCGCGCAUUGCAUGGAAUUAUCGGCGAUGCAAUAACUGACAUCGAACGUGUUUACGCCGAGAAUUCAGGCGCGCCUCCCAGAGAACAGUCUCCGACUCCAGCACCGUCUCCAUCUCCAAUAACGCCCUCGACGCCGUAUUACCCCAUGGAUACGCCAGAUGACGACAUACGCAGACAUCACAUCCUAUAUGCGCCCAAAGAAGAAAGUCUAGAGGACCUCCUCGAAAGUAAUUGUCGUGAAGACGGUAUCAGCCUUGAAGGCGUGUCGGGAUUGGGCCUAGGGGCGCCUUUCUCGCCCAAGGGUACCAAGAAGUCAUCUCAGGCCAAAGUACAAAUGAUUCCAGCCCAAGACAGGCUCAGGAUGACCUUCAACUCGCCUCCUCCUUCUCCAAUAUCACAAGACACGCCCAGCCCAGCGACUCCUGCAUCUUCACGGCGAACGCUAAGGACUUGGCAAUCAAUGGCUGCAUUGUCACCUUCUCGUCGUAAUCGAACCCGCAGAGAUUCCCUUCAAGACCAGAGUACCACAGCCUCGUCAGCUUCAACGAUGCCCGGACAUCAGGAUACAGCGACACCACCAGCAUCACGCAGUCAUACGCCGAGGCGACACGUUCUACGCACACUAGAAUUACCACCUCCGAAGUUCCUCCAUUCACCUUCUUCGUCUUCAUCCGAUCCACCAACACCAUCGUCGGAAUAUCUUGCGUUCCAAACGCCCCCCACGCCCUCGCUAUCAUACCAACCACAUCUUGAUUUCCCAUCUCUGGAUGCAUCAUACGACAAAUCUUCGCCAGCGGAAACGCUGAACGCCUCCCACCCAGUGAUAGCUACAUCAAUCGGACGGAUCGUUGCAGCGUCUGGCCAAUUGGCUGCGAUGGUGCAAACGCCAUUUCUUACUAUCUGUGAUGCCGUCAUGCAGUAUCAUCUUCCCGCAUGUAUGCGUCUUUUCGAGGCAAGCCACGUCCCUGAGAUACUUCGCGAGGCUGGUCCUGAUGGACUGCAUGUUGAGAAGAUUGCUGAAAGGAAUGGAGUUGAUGCAAGUAAGCUAGCGCACGUUCUUCGCCUCCUCGCAACUCACCACAUCCUGCGCGAGGUGCGACCAGAUGUAUUCGCCUUGAACAGAAUCUCCUCUGUGGUCGAUACAGGCAAGGACGCCGCCUGGCUUCUCGGUGAGAAUAAACGAGCACCCACUGGGACAUUGGAAACAGGAACGCAAACGUUCACACGUGACGAAAUGCCAACUUCCAAUCAAGAUUACGACGAGCGCGUGAAAUGUCCAGAGAAGAAGUACGAGGAUACUAAUGGAAUAGCAGCGUUUGUUGGGUUAUGCACCGAUGAGCUAUUCAAAGCUGCUUCAUAUAUGACAGAAGCAUAUUAUCUGUCAGACAAAACCAAACAUUCGCGAGAGCCCGUACAUACGCCGUUCAAUUUCGCGUUCAAUACCCGCGCCGGUUUCUUUGGCUGGCUUGAAGGGGAUGAUUCUGGGCCUCCUCUGGACACAGACGGGCUUGGAGCGGAGCUUGUACCAGACCUAAAGACGGCCUUUAUGGUCAAUAGUGGAAGGGCUGUGGAAAACCGCGUGCAGGAUGACCAAGCGUCCCGAAAAAGUCUGCCAUCACCGCGAGAGAAGACCGCUGAGAAGGAUGUGACCCAAGGUAGCAGGUUUAGAUUGGAGAGGUUCGGCAAAGCAAUGGUUGGUUUCGAUUGGGCCUCCUUGCCCCCCGGGAGCACUAUCGUUGAUGUAGGAGGAGGUAUUGGAUCGACAUCAAUGUUACUGGCGAACGAGUUUGCUUCCAUGCGUGAAGGCGGCAUCGACCUAGGCCUUAAAUUCGUAAUCCAAGAUCGUCCUGUCGUAGUGAAAAUGGGUGAAAAGGCUUGGCGCGACCAACGACCCGAGCUCCUGGAUUGCGGAACCGCCAGAUUCCAAGUUCACGAUUUCUUCAGUCCGCAGCCAAUCAAGAGCGCUGCCAUUUUUCUCCUACGUGCGGUCUUACAUGACUGGCCUGACAAUUUUGCUAGGAGAAUCCUUCUGGAAUUACGAAAAGCGGCUACGACAGCCACAAAGCUAGUCAUCGCGGACUUCGUCCUUCCCUUAGCAUGCGCCGACAAUUUUGGCUUGCCGAAGGAAGGAAAAGAACGCUCGGAGGGGAAACAUUGUGAAGAAUUCAAUAGUGUUGGUCAUACCUCGACGGGCAGGAACGAGGGCAGCACAACUGCCAAUGGCGAGGUAGACAACAGUAUGACAGAAGGGGUCGAGGGGGUGCAAGUGAGGCUAGCGCCUACCCCUCUACUAGCAAACUUGGGGAAAGCGAACGCGAAUGCGUACUGGAUGGAUCUAACGAUGCAAGUGACGUUCAACAGUCAAGAGCGCACUCUACGCGAGGUGGUGGCCCUCAUGCGCUCAUCCGGGUGGAAAGUUGUCAGAGUCACCCACGCUGCUGGAUCUCUGUUUGGGUAUAUCGUCGCCGUUCCUGUGCCUAUUCCGUCUAGCGAUGGCAUCAGCGAUUUGAGGCUGAAUGAAUGCACUGCCCUUGGUGCUAAACAACAUGCAGAGUCCAGUCAUACGCCACAGGACGCCGGGUCACGAUGUGGAACACCUACAUUCGGUUCGAGAAUGGUGCUUCCAUCUCAAGACGAUGCUUUGCUCCGAGUUCGUGGGCGAUUCGGUAAAGGACGGCCGGCCACGACUAAUGUUGCAUUUGGAAGACGUGUUCCUCGAUCGUCUGGCGCAACAACCUUGGUACAAAGUCCAACUCAACAAGCGAGCGUAACAUCAACCAAGCCUAUGCGAAAAAGACCGUCUCCUCUGUCAAUACCGCCACCAACUACACCAUCUCGAGGCGCAGCGUCACCUCGUCAAUCAUCAUCCCCGUCGAUUUCACGAAGAUCGUCUUUUGCCAGCCUUCACAAAUAUUCACAAUCACAAUCUCGAGUCGCUUCGCCCAUUCCCGCCGUUCCACCUUUGCCCGGGCAAGUAGCUAACGUUAAUUCUCGCCCACGUUCUGCCACGGUUGUGACGAAGAUUCCUACUGCUCUCUCGCGACUGCCACCAUGCUCGCCCCUCGUUCCACGGAAUCUUCCGCCAGUACCACAAAUUCCUCCAUUUCUCACGUCUCCACCUCCUCCAAAUAAAUCCGGACCGUCUGCAUCAUCCGCGCCUUUAAGACAGAUUCAAAGGACUGUAAUACGCCGCGUAUCUCAUGUAUCACUACGUCACGACACUCCCAGGAGAAGGGCAAACAGUACCAUCAAUAAUGGUGGCGCUGCCAUCGGCGGCGAAACCAUGUUAGGGCCUUACGAUAGGGAAGCAGGUGGUAAAUUGCUCCGGGAUUAUUCAUCUUAG